AUGGUCGAGGCAGCGCUCGAAAGUGUUACAUUGGCCAUGAUCAUGUCGUUGGUCCGUGGAUCGAUUGCGCAGCACGCUCGCCAUAUCUCCUUGUUGCGUGCUAGUACACUCUCGCUGAAGCAUGCGAUCCCUGUGACACGCAUUCAACCCAUCCCUCUGCCGCGCCAGGUGCAUUCGUCUUUACCACUUGCCAAGAAAAAAGGAAAGCAGGCGGACAAGGCGGAGGCUGCAGCUGCAGCGGGCGUCGACCCGCAGCUCGAUCUGGAUGCGAUCAACAAGCAGAUGGAUACGGCAGUAGCACGGUGCCGCGAGCAUGUGCAAUCUCUAGUGGCGUCGUUGGGCCGUUUGGAUGCAUCGUUGUUGGACGAUGUCCGUGUGGCCUACGGCAAAGGCACGAAGCCCACACCCUUGCACGACUAUGCCACGGUAGGCGUUCGCGAUAAUGUGCUGGUGAUUACGGCCUACGAGCCCGAGUCGCUCAAGUACAUUGAAAAGGCUAUUUACGCUGCCAACAAGGACUUGUCGCCGCAGCAUGCGCCAGAAGAGGGCGAGGGCGUGAUGAUUGUGCAUGUGCCCAAGGCCACGGGAGAGACUCGCAAGCAACUUGCGCAGCAAUGCGUCAAAGAGUGCGAUCAUGCCAAGGCUGCUGUGCGAACGGCGCGUCAGGCGGCGCAGAAACACAUGAAGCACGACAUGGACCACAAGAUCCUCAGCAAGAAUGAGUCGCAGAAAGAGUCGAAAAAGUUGGAAGACAUGACCAAGAAGCACACUGCGUUGCUCGAUCAACUCGCGAGCGAUGCACAGAAGCGUCUCCUGCACUAA